AUGGAACGUGCGCGCAUGGCCCCGCUCCUCCUCCUGCUGCUGCUGCCCUUCGCAGCAGCAACCUACCCUACCGCAGCCCCCGCGGAGAAGCUUUCCUCCGCAGCCGCAAAAGCGCCCGCGCCCGUUCCGCCGGUAACUCCGCCGAAGACCCUCCCCGCGUGCCCGCUCACGGGGAAGCCCGCGACGAAGCCGACGAUUCCGCACUCGCGCUGCGUCGAGGCGCAGCAGCUAUCGUGCUGCAAGGACUGCUCGGAUCUCACGUUCCCGAUACAAGUGCUCGCGGUUAAUGUUACUGCUGCCUUGGAGACGGUGUCACAGGGAAUUCUUGAUCUGUCGAAAGUCUCGCCAGAUGUGUGCAAACUGUUUCAGGGCCUCGAGGAGUGCGAGCAGCUCGUCGAGCAACUCGUGUGCGCCGUCACGUGUAACCCAGAUUCUGGGUAUUAUUUCAUUGACACGCCCACGGGACCCUACAUUCAAGUUUGCACGGCCUUUGCACAGGUGGUUUACGACAAGUGCUCCGGACUUAAGAUUGGUGAUCUUUCACUGGAUGCGCUAAUCUACACCCCGGAGGAUCUUAUCAAGCAAGCCAUCGUCCCCCUUCUUGCAAAAGCUGUUCCAGGCUUCACUGCUGGAGUCAGUGACGUGGGUUGCUAUGGCGGUCCCCAGGUCAUUCCUGCGACCCCCUUCUGCUGCGACCCUCUCACCGUCCCCAAAACCUGCCCUGCUGGUUCGGUAAACACCACCGGAGCAGAGAAGAUCCCGGGCCGGAAACCUGACGCGAAGAUCUGUGCCAAGUACCCUUACAAGCCCGGAACCACCCCCUACAAGCGCCCCCCCCUGCCCCCAACCGCCUACGACAAGCCUACCCUCCCGAAGCCCCCGUCGGCUCCGUCCUCCGCACCUGCACCAGCGCCAGGCUCGGAUGCUUCUCCAGGCUCGGCAAUGGCACCGUCGUCCGGAGGUACCGUGGAUGGGGGAUCUCCCCCCUCUACUGCGCCCCCACCUGCCCCCUCCACUCCGUCCUCCCCCUCUACCCCAUCCUCCCCCUCUGCGCCGUCCUCCCCCUCGACCCCGUCCCCCCCCUCGACCCCGUCCCCCCCGCCUCCACCCCCUAAGGGAUCUGGGAGUGUGGCUGCAUCUGUAGUGGUGACUGUGACUGCUGCAGUUCUUGCUGCUCUGCUGUGA